AUGACGCGUGACGGCAACGCCAGUUUACUUAUUAUCCUCCUGCUGCCUCUUCAACUUUUGCCAUCCUUUGCCUUUAGCGCAUGGAAAACCAUCUACGGCCACCGCGCCGCCGGCCAGAUCAUCGACGUGGGCCGGUGGUACAACUCUGCCACCUUCGACCUGAUCGGCGAUCUCGCCUUCAGCCAGUUCUUUGGCUGCCUCGAGAGCGGCGGCUACUAUCCUUGGGUGGCCAUUAUCUUUGACAACAUCAAGCUCAGCGUCUUCGGCGAAGGCCUGCGGCCGCACCCGGCGCUGAAACUUUCGGGGUCGCUUGUCGGAGCACUGGAGUUGAGCGAACAGACGGCCAAGCGCAGGCUCGCGAGCGCAUAUGUGUCGCGCGUGAAUUUCAUGUCAUAUAUCCUGCGGCAUAACACGGACGAAGAGAAGGGCAUGCGCAGCGGCGAGCUCGUGGAGAAUGCGAAUAUAUUGAUUAUGGCAGGGAGCGAGACGACGGCAACACAGCUGAGCGGGACGACCUUCUAUUUGCUGAGCAACCGGGAUAAGUAUGAGAGGUUGGUGCGCGAGAUUCGCGGCUCGUUUGAGACGGAGGACGUUACCCUGCUAGUGACAUCCGUGGGGGAACCCCAGUGGGCGUCCUAUCAGAGCGUGACCAACUUCCGCGACGCCAACAAAUAUGGCCCUGAGCGCUCGCUCGGCGGCCCCGAGUAUGCCCACGAGGUACGCGGCAUGUUGCAGCCGAUUUCGGUCUGCCCGCGAAACUGCAUUGGGAGGAAAUAUAUUCUUGCCUAUGCCGAGAUGCGGCUCAUUCUGGCGCAGCUGCUGUGUAACUUUGACUUGAAGCUCAUGUCUGAAAGUAGGAAGUGGAACGACCGGGACAUUUACGCGCUCUGA